AUGAGGUUCCGGUUCUGUGGUGAUCUGGACUGUCCUGACUGGGUCCUGGCGGAGAUCAGCACACUUGCCAAGAUUUCCUCCGUGAAGCUGAGGCUGCUGUGCGGUCAGGUGCUGCAGGAGCUUCUGGGGCUGGGGAUGGAUUACGAGAAGGUCCAGAAGCUCACUGCUGAUGCCAGGUUUGAGCUGGGCGAUGUGAAAGCCACUGUGGCAGUACUGAGUUUCCUCCUCUCCAGUGCGGCCAAGCACAGCGUGGAUGGCGAGUCCUUGUCCAGUGAAUUGCAGCAGCUGGGGUUGCCUAAAGAGCACGCAGCCAGCCUAUGUCGCUGUUACGAAGAGAAGCAAAGCCCCCUGCAGGAGUACUUGCGAGCCUGCAGCCUGCGUGUAAACAGGCUGGCAGGCACGGGCUGGCGGGUAGACUACACCAUGAGCUCCAGUCUGCUCCAGUCUGUGGAAGAGCCAAUGGUGCACCUGCGGCUGGAGGUGGCAGCUGCCCCGGAGGCCCCUGCCCAGCCUGUUGCCCUAUCCCUCUCAGCAGACAAAUUCCAGGUCCUCCUGGCAGAACUGAAGCAGGCCCAGGCCCUGAUGAGCUCCCUGGGCUGA